AUGCCUUCAAUGUCGAAUGAUUCAACUACUCUUCCGCCUAUCUACUUGCUGCAAUCAGGAAAAGAAUCGCAAACAGCCCCAAGCUUUAACUACCUUCUUGACCUCAUCUACAUUCGUCGUUGUCCUAUUCCUCACUACGCCGAGCUUGACCAUCUUAACCUCCUAGACAUCUCCUGUGCCAAGGUGGUCACUGUGUGA